GGGGUCGAAACUCUCCGAAUAAGGAACCAGAUGCAGCUGCGUACUUUAUUCCUAUCAGCUGCUACCGUAGCAGCUGCAAGUCAGAAGCUGACCUCAAUCUCCACCACGCGAAAUACCACCAAAAUCAUGAGCCCACUCUCCCAUUUUGGGACCGCAAGGGUCAAAGAUCAUACAUGUCAUGGAUCCCUUUUUCAACAUAUCCUUUGACACAUGCUCCAAAAGAUUACAAACACAGUGGACCCUACUUUCCCAC